AUGGCUGCCCUCCCAACCUCUGGCGGCGUCCGAAGCCUGCUGGCCAAAUUCGAAAAUAGCAACAGCAGCAAUAACAACGAGAACAACGCCAAUAACAAUUCGGACAUCUCUCCUCCUUCGCGGGGACGCCCGUCUGGCGACUCCGACGACAAUGCCUCCAACCGGCCCCUGUCCAAGGUACGGGCCAGUUUCGUUUCUGUUGAGAGAAACGGGCAGGGCUCGCCUACCCCAGGCCUGCUGAGAAGGACAGACAGUUACGGAACGGACAAGGACUGGUCUCAGCGAUCGGCUACUGUAUCGCCGUCGACCCAGCUGGAGACAGCCUCGAUCACCUCUCUCGGCACCUCGCCUCAGAAGAUCCGCACUCCUCUCGCCUCCUUUCCACGCAAUGAAGCUAGUGAGGCCAGUGAGAGUCGCCCUGUCCCGGCUGUGAAAGAAGCCCCAAAGCCCUCCACUGCGCCAAAGGCCGACACUGCGAAGCCCCUUGGGCAUAAGACGACGACAAAGCCAGCUGACAAGCCGGUGGAUUCUGCUACCAAUAAACAUCUUGCACCUACAAGAACAAUCAAGAAGAGUGCAUCCGCAGUGGCUAUCUCCAAGGAUGCAUCGACUACCAACCCGACCGCCAAGCCUGUGUCUACGAAAGAGAAGAAGCCCCCUGUGCCUACAUCCAGAACCACCACCGCCUCAUCUCGAACCACGGCCCAGCUAGAUAAGCCUGCUGCCACUAGGCCUACCGCAGCCAGGAAUGCAGCAAUUGCUCCCAGACCCGAACGUGCCAAUACACCUUCUCGUGAUACUGCUAGGACAUCCACUGCACAGGCCUCUCCCAGGACAAAGGCUGCAACCAGGUCACCGACGCGUCCAGUGCGUCUCCCGGCUUCUUUAGUAACUCCCACUGCCGCCUCAUCUGCCAAGACCGGCAGUCUUGCACGCUCCCAAAGCCAUGCGAACUUGAAAAGCUCUCCUAAAAUCGCCUCUCCCAAGACCCUGUCUCGCAAACCUUCCACUCUCAGACCAGAUGUAUCUCGUCUUGCCGCGCAUGCGAUUCCUGACCGACCCAAGUCUCGAGUCAGCAAUACCUCGUCACGUAGUGGGCAGGAAGACGGCUUCCUUGCUCGGAUGAUGCGUCCAACCGCAAGCUCUGCAAGCAAGACGCAGGACAGAGUCGAGCCUAGAAGCCCGCCAAAACUUGCCAGUGCUGCCAAGAUCGCCCGCAAAAACGACGCGGUCCCCCAGGCUCCCAAAUUGGCAACCGAGAAGCUACGGAGCUCGGUGUCUGAGCCUGUCUCCGCGGCCGUGGAACCUAAAGUGGCAAAGGUAGCUGCUAAGAUGGACACAGUUGUCGAGGUUGCCAGCCCCAAGAGCAAGCCAGAUGUUGCAAAGCCGGAGCCAGUUGCCGAAGUGAUCAGUGUAGUCCCAGAGCCUUUUGUUGCCGAGUCUCCAAAGAUUGCUGUUGAGGCGCCUCCCGCCGCCGUUCCCGCUACUGACAAGCCAGUUGAAGAUAUUGCGGUUGAGAAGAAGCCUGUUGAUGAGAAAACUGAGAAGAAAGUGGAAAAUCAAACGGAAGAGCAAACCGAAGAAAAGCCCGCCGAGGAACACCCUGUCGAAGAGAAGCCUGUCGAAGAGAAUCCUGUCGAGGAGAAGCCUGUCGAGGAGAAGCCUGUCGAAGAGAAGGCCGUCGGGACGAAGCAAGUUGAGGAGAAGCCAGUUGAAGAACCGUCUUUGGACAUUGCCAAAGAUUCUACCCCGGAAGCCGAUGCUUCUCCUGAAGUGAAGGACCAACCCGAAGAACCUGUUCCCGAAGUCAAGGUUGUCCAAGAAGAACCAGAGCCAGAAAAGCAAGAGCAACCAGUCAACGAGCCUGCUGGAACCACCGAUAUUAUUCCCACUGAGCCCGAAACUUCUUCCAAGGAUCCAGUCUCAACUGCUGAGGAGCCCACAUCAGUAGAAGUCACUACCGAGAAAGAAGAACCCAAGACCGGAGUUCCCACUGAACAAAUCUAA